UUUGAUGAUGUUACAUUGGCAAACAAAAUACUGAAGACUUGUACGAUUAAUAAAGCGAUGCAGUUAUUCAAACCCUUUCAUGAAUUGCCAAACAACGAAUUCUGCACUGUUGAAGGUUUGUUCAAAUCAAGCAACCAUUAUACGCUUUUGGAAAGUGACCGUUAUUCCUAUGAUCUUCUCGGUACUUACGGAUAUUUUGGGUCCCUAUUUAAUUUAGCACAUUUGGCUUUAUUAUUCUAG